CAUCCUAAACGUUCGAACCACGUUGGCCGUUAGCAAUAAUUUUAGUGAUAAAAAAAUAUGUGAAACUAUUUUAUAAAAUUCACAUAUGUAUAAAAUAAUAAAUUAAAUAACGUUGGCUAUUCGCAAAGAUGUUAAAAGUAGUUUUUGUGCAUUUUCUACUCCUCUUUCCCUACAGCAGUGCAACGCAUCCUAUCAGUUUCGAGGCUAAUCCAGACACCAAACGUCUUUAUGAUGAUUUAUUGAGUAACUACAACAGACUCAUACGCCCUGUUGUCAAUAAUACUGAGACAUUGACAGUAUGGUUAGGCUUAAAGUUGUCUCAGCUCAUUGAAGUGAAUUUGCGAAAUCAAGUUAUGACCACCAAUUUGUGGGUGAAGCAGGUAACACUCAUGACAAAGGCAACAUUAAAAUAUACCGGCGAGGUCUUCUGGGAGCCGCCAGCUAUCUACAAGUCCUCCUGCGAAAUGAAUGUUGAAUAUUUUCCUUACGAUGAGCAAAUUUGCUUCAUGAAAUUCGGUUCAUGGACAUACAACGGUGCACAAGUGGAUUUGAAGCAUUUGGAUCAGGUUCCUGGCAGUAAUCUAGUGCAAAUCGGAAUUGAUUUAAGUGAAUUUUACUUAUCAGUCGAAUGGGACAUACUUGAAGUUCCUGCAACUAAGAAUGAGGAAUACUAUCCAGACACAUUGGAACCGUUUUCUGAUAUUACAUUUAAGCUCACCAUGCGUCGUAAAACACUAUUUUAUACCGUUAAUUUAAUUGUGCCCUGUGUUGCAUUGACAUUUUUAACGGUGUUGGUAUUUUAUUUGCCCAGCGAUUCCGGCGAGAAGGUUACGUUAUGUAUUUCAAUUCUUGUCUCGUUGACUGUGUUCUUCUUGCUGUUGGCUGAAAUUAUUCCGCCAACAUCAUUGGCUGUACCGCUGCUAGGCAAAUAUCUACUAUUUACAAUGAUACUGGUCUCGUUGUCUGUAUGGACAACGGUCUGUGUAUUGAAUAUACACUUUAGAUCCCCGUCAACGCAUAAAAUGUCGCCGCUUGUGCGUAAACUAUUUUUACACUUUAUGCCAAAAUUGAUGAUGAUGCGGCGCACGCAGUAUACCUUGCCAGACUAUGACGAUUCUACGCCCAGUAAUGGCUAUACGAAUGAAAUUGAUGUACGCAGCGAUAGUAUUAGCGAUUUUCCCAGUGAGUUCAAGGAUAGCCAAGAGGGACCGUAUGAUAAUGGUGUACAAAAUUCGAUUGAUUCUGACAACGUGAUACCGCGCAAUUUGACACCCGAAGUGCUGCAGGCAUUACGUGCGGUGCGUUUUAUUGCACAGCAUAUUAAAGAUGCCGACAAGGAUAAUGAGAUCGUCGAGGACUGGAAAUUUGUAUCGAUGGUAUUAGAUCGCUUCUUUCUCUGGACAUUUACGCUGUCGUGUGUUUUCGGCACUCUCGCCAUUAUAUGCCAAUCGCCAUCGCUCUAUGAUACACGUCAACCGAUCGAUCGUCAACUCAGUGACAUACCGUUGAGGAAGAACAAUUUCAUGCUGCCACCGGAUAUCGUACGGCAAAUUGUAAAUUAAAACGUUUUAAUGUGAAAGCACGAGUUUUUAGUAAUAAGUUUUAAAAUCUUUAAGACUUAAAUAAGGAAUUAAGUGGAAAAAAAUUUAAAUAAGUUGUUUAAUACCGGGUGUAUCUAGAGCACUGGAUUACUUAUUGUGUAAUAUUGUUAUUGAAAAACUUAUAGUCUGACACAAACAAAUAGCAAAUACGGCGAAAGUUAGUAAAGUUAAAGAAGCUUAUGAAUAGAGAAUUGCUUGCAUCAAAUAAAACAGAUUUUUUUCAGAUUUCGGUUUGUUUGUUACUAAAAAAAACUUUGGUAAGAAAUAUAAUGUUGUUUCUAGCAAUUAACACAUACACAUAUAUAAUGCUUGCAAUCCCAUAUCUCUCACAUCCAUACGUAAUGCCAUACAUUCUUCGAGAAAUAUUAUACUUAGAAAAUAAAAUAAAAUCACAAUGUAUAAC